CCUUCAAAUCUCGUUAAACCCUUAAACCACACAAUGGCUCGUUCUCUCUCCAACGCUAAGAUCCUCUCUGUCUUCGUUUCCAAAAAGCUCUCAAACGCAGUUUUCAGAAGAGGGUUCGCCGCCGUAGCCAAAACAACGUCAGAGGUGAGCGUUUCGAGCGGUGAAAACGCUUCUUCUGCCGUGAUGAAGAACAAAGUUGUGGAAGCCUCAAGCGAGAAGGCGCCAUGGGUUCCAGACCCUAAAACCGGUUAUUACAGACCAGAAACCGUUUCUGAAGAGAUCGACCCGGCUGAGCUACGAGCUGUUCUCUUGAACAACAAGCAAUAAUUAAAUUUUAAAACCGUUUAUAUUUUGAUUAUUAAUCCUCAGUUUUAAUGAGGAGAUUAAGGAAAAAUAGGUUAUGAUCUUUUGCGGUGAACCCAAAUUUAUUCCGUUGCUAUUUGUGUAAUAAUCGUAUCGUAUAAUUGAUACUUUUUAUCUAUAUCAUUAAUUUAUGAAACUUUAAAGGCUUCCAAA